GAUCAGGCCCCGCUAGAAUGAGGGACAGGGUUUUUUGUCUCUUCCUUUGAAGCACUGGGACUGGCCACAUGCUGGGUAAUAACAACAUGAGAGCAAUCCAGGUUUCUAAAACUAAACUGGCUCUUCGUUAAGAGAACAAGCUACAGAGGCGGUGCAACUACAGCUAGCAUUCCAGCCAUGUGCACACUGACUGGCUUCCUGGUAACUCUUCCUUCCAAGUUCCAUGCAGGUUGCUCAAUCCACUGUCAGAGGCACAAUACUGGACUAGAUGGGCCACAGGCCUGAUCCAAUCUGGGAAUGCCCAAAGUAUCUGCAAGGGUCACUUGCAAGCAGUGAACUUCUCCUGCCACAAACGUGUGCUUUCCCCAAAUUUAACAAAGAGUACAGGGUGCCUUCCCCUAGCCUGUGCAUGACUCAUUGUGCUGCUGCUAGAGCCAGGAGACAGCUCCCACACCCACUCACAUAGCACAAGAUGGCUAGAAAACCAAAUCAAACACUGAUUUCAACAAGGAAAUGUCAGGAGUCAGCAGAAAUAGAAAAAGGCAGCAUGUACAGAAGUGGCUCCAGAUUACAGGGGCCCCUGCAUAAAUUCAGACAGGAGGGCCCCUAGGGAGACCUCAGUAACAAAGCUAGUCCAUGUGAGGAGAUGCUUGUCCUUAAGGGACAAAAGCGAUGGAUUGCCAGCCUGGUAGGGUAUAGGAGAGUUUGUCACUGAGAGACCUGGGGAGAACGGUUUCCCUAGGUACAUCUUCCUGGAUGUGGGAGAUUGGGAUGGGCAGUUGCUCAGAAAGCAGGACUCCCCAUAGCCCCGUAUCCUGUCUGACACACCUGGCAAAUGCCAUGGGCUUGCCCCAGCAUGCAGAAUGAUAAAGAACAAACACCUUUAGUAUUACAUGCCUUAGGCAGCAGGGCACUCCCUCCUCCAGGAAGUACCCAGCUCUUGGUGGCCGCCUCAGUGUUUGCUCUCAGAUUGGAUCAGACAUGCCCUGAAGUUCUCAAGUGUACAGCUCAGACUGAAGAUCCCACCCAGCAAGGCGUUCUCCAGAAGCAGCCACUUGUAGUUCAGAUCAGAAUCACUGUCAGUCCUUGUGCACACUCAGAUUGUAGCUGGACUCAGAGAGAGAUUCCACCCAUGCAGCAGUGUAGCAUAGGGGUGCACAGCGCUGUGCACCAAGAGUGAAGGGACUUGGUUCUCUGGGAAGUAUCAUACUUUGGCCAUGAGAUACCGAACUAGAUAGAUCAUUGGUCUGUUCCACCAUAACGGCUCCUGUUUGCCGGCAUCAGAAGUCAUGAUGAUGGGAUACUCACAUUUGCCUCCGGAUGUGGCUAGAGUUCAGGUUACUGGGAGUAUGACACAAUCGGAGGCUGAAUUCUCUCCUUUUUAACCAUUUGUGCCAGUGUAAAUAGCCUGACAUCCUUAAUGACUGACUCCUCUAUUGGAGGCAGGAUUUCUAGUGGACGGAGUACUGGACGUGGAGUCCGGAAUGCUGAGUUUUAUUCCCUGCUCUGUGACUUCCCUUCUCUGUGCCUCAAUUUCCCCAUCUGCAAAAAGGAGAUAAUGCAGGGUGCUUUGCAAUCCGGAGAGCUUGAACAGCACAGACAGCCCGACGCCUUGACCUACCAGCAUGCCUUAAAUCUGCUCUGAAGAGCAGUGCAGUCUCUGCACCUGUUCAACCCUUGGCCUUUCUGCUGAGGUUGCCGGCAGAGCCGGUGGAAAGGGUGAUGGCAGCAGUGCACCAAGAAAAGGACUGGGGCCAGGUCCACACUACGAACUUCUGCCAGCAUAGCUAUGUCAUGUCGGAGUGUGACCUCUGACUGACAUAGGUGUGUCGACAAGGGUCACUACUAUAAAUGGGGUUAUACCAGCGAAAGUGCAGUUUUGCUGGUGUGAGCUGCAUCAACAUUAGGAGUGCUUUGCUGGUGUAAUGGAUCAGUACAGCUCUACCAGCAAAAUGUUCCUAGUAUAGACCCAGCCUCAGACUCACUCGAUAGCCAACAGAUGGUAACAACUCUCUCACCGACCUGGGCUGACCCACUUGGCCUUAUCGGUACAGGCGGAGCCCAGUCCAGGGAGCUGACUCUGCAAGACUCAGGUGACAAUGGCAACAUAAUCUGAUGUUUUGUUUUGUUUUCAGCCCUGAAUAAUCUCACAACAAACCUGUCAAGGGUGGCAGAGAAAAUGCGCUGGGUGCCCCUAAGCAGCAGGAUGAGUUAGAAAACAAUUAGGAAAAGUCCAACCUUAUUGCCUUUGUCAAACUUCCAGUGUUCAGAGCACCACGCCCUAUGUACCCUGUUCAAAUCUCUGCGUGCAGGAAAUUCCUUCAGAGGCACAAAAUCUGAUUAUCUCAACCCCUUUUCGCUGAUGUCAUUUCUGGACUGCCUCUUUAGCAACCUUCCCCCUGAUUCUGACUGCUGGCAAAAAAAAAAGCAGGGAAGAGAAAGGGAAAGAGAAAUAUAUGCUCAGACAAUCAGAGUUCUUGGAGACUCCUCUCACUUGACUCUUUCCUCUUCAGGAAGCUAAGUAAAGAGAAGAAAGUGAGAGCUUCUGCAAGCACCAAGGGCUAGAGCCGAUGGCCUCCGGUUGCCACUAAAAUCCUUUCAGCUGGAGGAGGAGAACACAGGAUGAAUGCCAGAGUCACUUCAGUACUGCUCCCUGAUGUCCUUCCCUGCACUCUGUAAUGGUGAAUCCUUCUGCUGGCCAAGAAAAGAAUGAGUCACCCCGGAAUGGAAGAAUGAUGAAUCACCACACGGCCCUCUUCAUGAAUUCCAGCAGGAACGUGGAUUUGAAGAUAAUUAUCAUAGGAGCACUGGGGGUGGGGAAAACCUCCCUCCUGCACCAGUUUGUGCACAAGACAUUCCAUGAAGAUUAUCGGACUACUCUGGGAGCCAGUAUCCUAUCUAAGUGCAUCAUGGUGGACAACACCCCCCUAAAACUGCAGAUCUGGGACACCGGGGGUCAGGAGCGGUUCCGGUCCAUGGUGUCGACAUUCUAUAAGGGCUCGGAUGGCUGUAUGCUGGCCUUUGAUGUCACGGACCUGGAGUCCUUCGAAUCCUUGGAUGAUUGGAGAGAGGACUUCCUAGAGAAGAUAAUCCCCACAGAGCAGGGCUUCCCCAUGGUGGUACUGGGAAAUAAAAUCGACUUAAAUGAACGGCAGGUGUCUAAGGAGACAGCUUCAUUCUGGUGCAAAGAAAAGGACAUCCCGUAUUUCGAAGUCAGUGCCAAGAAUGAUAUCAACGUAGUGCAGGCCUUUGAGACGCUCACAAGGCAGGCCCUGUUGAGGUACCAGGAGAUGCUCGAGAACUAUUUAACAGACUCCAUCAAGCUCACUCCUGACGAUCAGUCCAAGAAGAAAUGCUGCUGAAUGAGACAUUUGGAGACACCUGACAUCAUGUCUCUGAGCCCUCGCUCGGCACCAAAAUCGCUGAACUGACUCCAUUCACUUCCAGUUUUGUGUUCAACCACAGGAGAUGACCAGAGCGAUCCGGUUCCACUUUACACAGCCAAGUGGACAAAUCUCGUGACAUUUACCAAGUGCAGAGAAGAGACCGGCCUUUUGUCUACGUGCCUAGAUUGGACUAACCCAGCCAGACUGCACCUGGCUGCUCCUAUGAAUCGGGACCCUUAUUGCUUCAUUAACCUUCUAACCACCCAUUUCAAAGCCUUGCACCAGCCUUCUAAACCUGGCUCUGUGCAGUCAGUGCUGAGUCUAGGUGGCCCAGCUGCCUUCCCAGGGCUGUGGCUGGCUCAGUGACCUCACUCACCUGCUAUCUCUCUGCUCUAGUUACACCUGUUGACACUCACCCUUUGCCACUUGACCAAGCAUUCCCAACACACGCCUGAAUUGACAGUGCUAGGCAAGGCAGGGCUGUGCUGUCAGUGCCCUGCAGACUGGGCCUCCCUAGAGUAUGUAAUCUCAGUCCCUUUUGUUUGAACGCUGUUUGAACACAAAAGGGAGACAUUUGUUCGCCAGAUACCCAGUGUUUAAACUAACAGCCCCACAGCCUGCACUUGAUAUUAAACAGGUGUAAGCUAUUUAUCCCCAAGGGAGGGAAGGGUGGAUGGUCUAGCGGUAAAAGCACAGGCCUGAGAGCCAGGAGCUUCUACAUUCUAAUCCCAGCAUUGACACACAUUGCCGUAGGCAUAACCUUUCUGUGCCUUAGUUUCUCCCCACCUGUAAAAUGGUGUGGGGGCAUGAUAACACUCUGUCACCCAGAGAUGAGGUUGUUGGUAAAGCACUUUGACAAUGAACUGUGCUGUGGUGUUUUAUUGGCAGGGUGUUUUUUAAAGGCAUACUUUUAAAGGGAGGCAGUGCUGCCUACUGGCUAGAGCAUUAGAUUGGGUCACAGGAGACCUGGGUCCUAUUUCCAGCUCAUCUGCUAGUCUGCUGGGUGACCUUUGGUAAGUCACUUCACCUCCCCAUGCCUCAGUAGCCCCAUCUGUAAAAUGGAGAUAAUGAUGAAAAGUGCUAGAUAAGAGCUAGGCAGGAUUACUAUUUUAUUAAUCACUGAAAAAGGGGAGGCAUGGAUCAGAUUUUGACACAAGCAAGGGGAUUGAGCAGAACUUGAAAAGGGAAAGUGAAGGAAAGCGAGCAUAUGGGAUCUGUGCAGAUCUGUGACUGUCCUGAAGGGUCUCCCCUGCUCAAGUGUCUGGAUUUCUAUCUCAAUCUGGGAAUGAUGCCCAAUUUUCUGCUUUUAUUGCCCUGUAGGGUUCGGAUUCAUCUUUGGGUGUUAAAGACUCAAGGGCUGGACUUAGCUGUGCCCGUAAUGUGAAACUGACACAUGAAUUUAGGAUUUUCAGUGAUCCCAGGACAGGAGCAGUGGGAGGGAAAACAGCACAUUCCUACCUCUCGGAGGUGGUUCAUGACACUUUUAGUUGGUGGCUGUGAGCAGCAGAAGCAGCUGUCACGUGGAACUUGGCCAACGCUUGCAGAAUUGGUGAAACCUGGGUUAACACAGCAGUGAGGAUCACCGAAAGCCAAGCCGCAGGAUGGUGCCAGAGGGCACAGCGGUGUAUCAGUGCUGUUUCCAUGCAGUUUGGCUUUGACUGUGGAAAUUUGAUCCAGCCAUGAAGCCCAGAGGAGUGAUGGACCCCUUCCUGUACACCCUGCCAUGGGCUGUGAUCUGUUCGCAUAUACCCUGAUAUGGGCUGAGCCAUGGGCCACGAUCCCUUCGCAUACACCCUGACAUGGGCCACGAUCCCUUUGCAAACACUCUGACAUGGGUUGCACUGCUGAAGGUCUUUGGCCCAGUGUGCUCAAAGCUACCUUAGAGAAAUGUUUUUGGGUUCAGAGAUGAUGACAACACCCCUGUUAAUUUAAAAUCAUUCCCAGCAAAAGUAAAACGUUUACUCUGAAAUGCUGGGCAUGUGCAUCUUUUUUGUGUGUGGCUCUAAAUGAGAGGAUGUCCUGGGUCUGGGAUUCCCUGAGAGAAGCAAAUUUCACAGCAGUCUUGUGCAGGGGAAUAAGGCAAGCUGGACUGGCACUUCCUUGGAGCGUUUAGUCCAGCUCGGAAGUGUUAGUGUUGACGGAGAAGUAGAUCCUCCUGGAGGAGUGAGGAAUUCCCUUCUUCCACCCCCAGGAG